UUUUGGCUUGUAUCCUUGUAGUGGGUCGCAGUUGCCAAGCUGACUUGAACUGACUUCUGUUUUCUCAUCAUUUACCGGGGUAUAUAUAUUGUCAAGACUUGAGUGGCAUAGUUUCCUGGUGUAUUUUGACUUGAGAAGUACUCAGAUAUGUAUGAAAGGUAAUGCAGAAGAGUGGUCUUGACUUUAACAACUAGUUUGCAAUUUACGCAAACGUGUACAAAUCGCAAAAUAUUACAGCAAAUCAUUACAAGAAUUAUCUCCCUUAGGAGCUCGUUCAUCCACGCUGACAACAUGGCGGCUAUCAACACACGAGCUAUUACCCGAAUUGGAUGGAUGUUGAUGUUAACUGUGUGUUUCAUCAGAGUACAAGGUGACGAAACGGUCGAGGAGGAUGACCAGUACGCAGAAUAUAUGGAUUUGAUGACAAGCUGCAAAUUCCCAAAGUUUUCGAAUGGAUACCUUUUAUCAGGGCCGUCGGCAAAACCGUUCUAUGAAGUAUGCAAAGACAGUCGUACGGACAGAGACCUAUCACUGUUAUGUCGAAAUAUGAUCGAUCUAACCCUGUAUAUGUGUAACCAAACUAUCGUCAAUCAAGACAAAAGGGACCAAAUCGAUAAGCAAAUGACUGUUGAGUUCCUCAAGUAUGACAAAGAGAAAGUACCUUUUUGUACAAGACGUGACGGAAACAAAAACGCUUCCGAACUCUUAAGUUCCUUCCUGCCGCCAGAUGUCAAGUGUGAAGUGUCAUGUAAAAAGGAUACUUCAGAAAAGCUGUGUGAAUUCAUCUACGUUUCAAUAAUUGCUUAUGAAACAAUUCUUGCUACUGAACAAAGAGGUGGUGGUACUGGUGUACCUAAUGGUGGUACUGGUGGACCUAAUGGUGGUACUGGUGUACCUAAUGGUGGUGGUACUGGUGGACCUAAUGGUGGUACUGGUGUACCUAAUGGUGGUACUGGUGUACCUAAUGGUGGUACUGGUGUACCUAAUGGUGGUACUGGUGGACCUAAUGGUGGUUCUGACUCUACUGAUGGUACUAGAAUUAGUGAGAGUGGGCCGACUAGUCGAUCGGAAGAUGCGCAGAAAAAUAAAAAUGUUACAGCUGAUAAAAGAGUGGAUCAUACCAAUGAAGGUGACAAUCCAGGAGUAACUGUAAAUGCUGUACCGAAAGCUGACAAUGGUUCUGCUAAAACACUGCCAUCUUUGACGAAUAAUAACAAAAAUGGUGUCAGUGGCCAAAAGAAAGAGGGUGUGGACCUGACCUUGAUGGUUGGCACUGGGAGCAAAACCGCCCCUACAACAGGAACUUCGAACAUCAAUACUGAAACCACAACUACAGUGAAAACGGACAGAAUACCAAACACUAAGGGCCAUGUUGUUGUCGGUGAAACAGUCACCAAAAAGGAGGACGGCGAUUUUCGGGUACCUGGGGACGGCCAGACAGGGCAGCCUGUUGUCCAUGCUGAUACUGGGAAGUCACUGAUAAAGAAACUUGAAAAGGAGUACGAUGCUCCUUCAUCUGGUAACUUCAUGGCUUACUUCCUGACAGCUGUGGUUCUGUGUAUUGCUGGCUAUGUGGUAUUCCACAAUAAACAAAAGAUAAUUGCUUUCAUCAUCGAGGGUCGCAGCGGUCGAGGGAGGCGGCGGACCAAUGGUGGCGCUGAGUACAAGAAACUACAGAGCAACGUUGAAGAGUCAGUGUGACUUGAGGAUGAAAAAUGAUGGCACCCACUCCUAACAACUGCAUCCCAGGAGAGGUGUCGUGGCAGGUUUUGGGGUAUUUGGUUUCCAUGGUUACCAGCAUCAUGUUCAUCGGUUAUGGACAUGAUCCUGCAUUGGUCAUAGCCUUUAGUGUUUAAACAUCUCCCACCUAUAUUUCACAACCACUAACUACUUAAAAUCUUAGUUUAGUUUCAGAUUUGGAUAUGUUGAAUAAUUUAGAAAUAUAAGUCUUGAUUUAGAAAAUGAUGUCGGUAUCUUAUAACGUCCUGCAAGUUUUGAAAAUUAAAGUUCUUCAUUCUCAGGUGAAUCGUGUAGGUGAUGGACCAUGUUUCUUUAGGCAUCGAUUGUGUUUAUUUUGUUGAAAAAAGUAGAUGUGACUCUGAAUAUUGGUUUCUGAUUCCAGGGUAGUUUAUUUUUUCCUAAAUGUAAGACUUCUGUCACCAUGAUAUUUUUCACAACCAAAUGACAAUUGUUUUCAGAUUAUAUUUUUUAUACAGCUUUGAUGGUAAAUAUUUGAGAUGUGUUAUGAUUUUCUUAGAUGAUGUUUAGGUUUUCAUGUGGUUCUGGGACAGAUUAGUAUUGGUAGAUCAUGUAGAUUCUCCCAAGUGCCUGUGAUAUUUUGUGGAAAAUUUUUGAAAUUCGAUUUCAUAACUCACUACAGUAUUACAACAAUUACAACCAAAAUGUCAGCCUUUCCAAGUUUGUCUUAGUUAACAUCUUGCUGGCCAUGCUGACAUAUUGUGUUGGUUUUAUAAUAUUGAUAAACAGGAUUUGUCUGAUCUUUAGGAUUUGUUUUCAGUGUCAGAAGUAUACUGAACAACAUUAGAAACACACCACACUAAAUUGCACCGACGAUGCUCAGAUAUUAUGGGUACAUUUCAGUCUGACGGGGAUAUUUCGUAUUAUAUGGGUGGUGCGUUUCUAAUGUUGCUCAGUAUAUAUUGGCUGAAAGACUGACAGUUUCAUAUUGAUCAUAGGCACUUAGCAUGCUUAGUGUAUUGUGACACAUACUUGCUUCAUACCUUGUCCAUGACCAGGGCUCAUUGUCUGGAUGAUUGUGCACUCACCAUGUAUAUAUAUCAGAACUAAUAUGCUUAUUAUACCCUCACAAUGACAUAAUAGCACUUAUUUUUUUAAUGAACACAAUGAACUAAUUUACCUGGACAUUCCAUUACCCACGACCUUGAUUAUA